GAAGGUGGCCGAUAGGCUUCCGAGUUAGCGCCGGAAGUACGAUGCUCGGAAGGGUCCGACUCGGGAGGGCUCGCGUAGUCCUCGUUGCCACGGGCCUGGAGGAGUCGGGUAGGAGUCGGAGGCGCGGGGGGCUUGAGUCUAUGUCCACGCCAGCGUCCUGACCGCCGGAAGGCCCCUUUUCUGUGCCCUCGUUGACUCAGCUCCGGAGUGAGUCGUGGGCGAGCCGCUGUCAGCGUCCAACCUGGAGAACGAGGUCGUUCGGGCAGCGCCCGUGGAAGACGAGGGCCAGAGAAACAGUCCCAGGUUCUGAACUGGCCAUCCAAGAAACUCAGGAGGAGGAGCUGACAGUCUCUGCAUCCCUCACCCCCCUUGGACAGGACCCAGCAUGUCUCAGGCCACCAAGAGGAAGCAUGUGGUGAAGGAGGUGCUGGGGGAGCACAUGGUGCCCUCUGACGAGCAGCAAAUCGUGAGGGUACUCAGGACCCCAGGGAACAAUCUGCAUGAAGUGGAGACAGCCCAAGGGCAGCGCUUCUUGGUGAGCAUGCCCUCCAAAUACCGUAAGAACAUCUGGAUCAAGAGAGGGGACUUCCUCAUUGUUGACCCCAUUGAAGAGGGAGAAAAAGUGAAGGCCGAGAUCUCCUUUGUGCUCUGCAAAGACCAUGUGCGCUCUCUGCAGAAGGAAGGGCUCUGGCCUGAGGCCUUCUCAGAAGUGGCCGAGAAACACAACAACAACAGGAAUAGACAGACUCAGCCAGAACUCCCAGCGGAGCCACAGUCAUCAGGAGAAGAGUCCAGCUCUGAAGAUGAUUCUGACCUCUUUGUUAACACCAACCGCAGACAGUAUCACGAGAGCGAGGAGGAGAGCGAAGAGGAGGAGGCAGCCUGAGUCCCUGGACCCACUUCUCUUGCUCAGAGACUAGUUCUUGGCUCCUCUGAGCUUGGACAUUCUCAGGGUGCUCUGCAGAUCUUCCCCCCAGGAUGGGGGACAAGCCAGGGCCCUUCUCUGAACUGACCUUUUUCUCAAGGAGAAUUAAACCCCUGGUGGGUGAUGACUUGUGCUGGUGUCUGAGUGGCUCUCUGGAGGGAGGAGGGUCUUGUGGUGAAGUUAAAAACUGCUUCUUGGUGGGUCCCUCAGGUGCAAGUCCUAAACGAGCAGGAAAUGGGAAUGGCUGGAACGUUUCCUAGAUUCUCUCUCUCAUUGGGCACUCAGUAAGCACCAGGCCAUGUGCUGUGCCUUCUUGCAUGUAUUUAAUAAUAACUGGGAGCAAUCCCUCUGUAUUGCCAGCUUGCAAUUAAUACUGACUCAGGCAUUCAGGAACACAGCUCUAGGACCUAGUGCCCCCUGCCUCUAAGAGACACUCAGGACGAAUUUCAUCGUGCCUCGUAAGCUGCUUUUUCUGGCUUUCUAGUCACCGUGACUGCAGGAGUGCCCACCUCCAUACUGCUGUGUACAUCUUCUGCUUGGUGGCCUCUUUGUGGCUAAUCAGACCAUUACUCCUCAGCUCUCCUGCAAACCACGUCAUCUUUUGAAGCUUUUAUUUCUGGUUAUAUACGCCUUCAUUGUUGGCAUUGAUCUUCUAACCACUGUUCAGACAUUGAACAGCUUAUCUCCUGGCUUAGAGUCUUCCACCCCUGCUUCUGCUGCCAUUUUCUCCAUCCCAUGGGUGGUUCUGUUCAACACUGUGACCCCCUAGUUCCUUGUCUUCCAUUCCAGGCCUGCUGCCUACCUCGGUCACUCCUUGCACCCCUGCCAUUGAUAGGAAUUGCAGCCCCUCUUGAAUUCAAAUAUCUGUACAAUCACCACCUCCUGGCUUUGUUGCUUAUUUGCUCAACUACCUCCUCUGUAUCUUCAUCCACAGCCCCUCCCCCCACACAUUCUUCCCAUUAUUGUCCUAUCUUCACUUCCCUCCUUGUGCAACAUCGAUUCCGUCCACACCCUCCACUCAACCUUGUUUCCCUCACCUGUAUUUAUCUAGUUAGAUCUAACCCUGGGCAACCCAGCCAUUCACUUCUGUGCCUGUGCUCAAGUAACUACUAGAGAAAACAGCCAACCUAACUCACCUUAAAUUCAUAUUUACAAACCUCAGGUGGACACACAGCACUGCCUAGCAGAUCUCUGGGAUGUCCUAUUUCAAAACUUGUAUGUUGUCUAUCAAUUUCCCCCUUCCCCUGUUAGGUGUUCACCACAUACUUCAUUAAGAAAUGAUAGCCAUUGGAGGGAACUCUCACCUCCUCGUUACCAGCCCUACAAAUGUGCUUAUAGAUUGUCUUGUCUUUAACUUCCCCAUGUAAUCCAGUGGGACUUAAACCUUUUCUCUUGUGCUUUGGAGCUUGUCUGUCCUCUUGAGUAAGGAGUUUAUGUGAGUUUUGUUUUUUGCCAUCCUCUGUAGGUAUGUUAGUGUCAAAGGUGCUAUGGAAUCCCCCAUCUAAAACACAGUCUGAAAGACCUGUCGCUCAUCGCACAUCCUCUCCAGCUACCACUUCAUUUUUCUGCUCCUUGUUCACUUUCCUUUAUAUUAGCUUAGUAUAGCUUUAAAAAUAUACAUGUCUAUAUAUUUGUGCGUAUGUGUAUAUAUUACAAAAAAUAAA